AUGUGGAAAAGCGUGUGCUUGCUGCUCAUACUGACGGCCACCUGCAGCGCAGGACCCCUGACCGCCCAUCAGAAGAGAAAAGCACCGGCGAUCCGUGAGGAACCAGUUGAGGUGGAAAUGCCAGAACAAACUGAAACGGAGGACGAAUCUUCUCCGGCGGAACCAGCUGCCCUGGGAACCCUCACCCUGCCCAGCAAUGCCACCUCCAUCCGUUCGGACAUCACGGAUAACUUCUCGUGUGCCAACAAGACCUAUGGUUACUACGCGGAUGUGGAGAACGACUGCCAGAUCUUCCACGUGUGCCUACCAGUUACCUACGCCGAUGGCCGGGAGAACACCUUCCGCUGGAGCUUCAUCUGCCCCGAGGAGACGAUCUUCAGUCAGGAAUCCUUCACCUGCAUGCGUCGCGAGGACAUGACCAUCGAGUGCCGGGAUAGCUCUAGGUACUAUGAACUCAAUGGUAACUUCGGAAGUGCUCCGGCGGAGGAGGAAAGUAAACCCAUGCCUGUGGAAAGUGAGCAGCCGGAGGAAGAGGAGGAGAUGGAAUCCAAACCAGUUGAGGCAGAGCCGGAGGUUCCUGCAGAGCCCGAGGUUGAGCCGGUCAAGCCCAUGAAGCCAGUCAAGGUGCAGAAGCCCAAACCCAACCGGAGGAAGCCCCAACCCCACAGGAAAGUUUCAGUUCCAGUUCCAGUGACGGCUGCGCCCGUGGUGGAAGCUGCUCCCGAACCAGUUGCCGCCAUCGAAAUGGAGUCCAAGCCUGUGAAGCCACAUCGAUUCUCCCUGAGACCCAACAAGGAGAGGCCCCAGGGGUUGAGACCAGCAAUUACUGCUCCACCCUUGCGUAACGAUAUCUUCAAUGGAAUCCGCAAACGUCCGGCUAUCUUCAAUAAACCAACUACUGUGAAACCCGUGGAGGAAGUGAUGGAAAGUGAACCAGCUGUCACGGAACCUGUGAUCCAACUUAGCGAGCCCCAACCUACACUGAAACUGCAGACCAUGUUUGCGGAACCCGAGGUGAUUCCCGUUGAGAUUCAGGAACCAGAAGUCCAGGCUUCCGAACAGGCUGUGACUUUUGUUCAACCAGAGCCUGUGAUUGAGGAACAGGAACCUUCAAAGGUUGAUAUGGAUACCAAGAACGACGAUGUCAAGCCCAUCGAAGCCAUCGAAGAGAUUCCUGCUGUCAUAGUGGAACGUCUAGAUGAAACCAAGCCUUUGGAAAACGAGAAGAUUCCUGAAGAUCAGGAGGAAACUAAGAUAACUGAAGAAGAGAUCAAACCUGAAGAGGAGAUCAAGCCAGAAGAAGAGAUCAAGACAGACGAAGAGAUCAAGUCAGAAGAACCUAUCAAGCAAGAGGAGGAAUUGAAGCCCCAGGAGGAAGUUCAAUCAGAAGAAGAGCCAGAAGUUCCAGCCAAGGUGGAGGAGAUCCAUGAAGUUAUGCCCGAGGAAAUUAAGUCAGAACCCGCCAUAAUGGAAACCAGCUACUCCCAAGAGGAACCCCUGAAUCUCGAGAUCCUUGAAGCAGCCAAGCCAGCUGAUGCACCCGAGAGCAUGCCAGCCACUCCCGAAAUGGAGCAGAAUAGUCCUCUGGUGGAGGAGAUUCUGGAUAACAGCCACGAUGGAGAGGCUCAGGAGUCGCUGGGUGGCUUCAAGCCCGUGGAUCCUGUGAUGGCCGCCGAGGCAGAGCAACUGAUCACAGACUUUCUGAAUACCCUGAAGAAGAACGAAGAGAAACCAGAGACUGACAUGGCAGAGAGUUUUUCACCAGUCGAAAAUGCAGAUGUAUCCAUUGAGGAGGCCAAGCUGCCAGAACCCGAAAUUGUGGACAAGAAUGCUUCCGUCGAGGAACAACUUUUGGAGGAAACUGAGGAUAAGAAGAGCCACAAGCCCCAGAUGAUGCAGGACUCUCCCAUUAUCAACAUCAAGCAGGUGCAGCAUAUGCCCAUGGACUAUCAGAUUCCAGUUAAGGUGAUUCCCCUCCAUAUCCAGCCUGUUUUUGCUAUCUCUGAGAAAUCAGAGGAUGCCAAGGAAACUGUUCCCGAGGAGGUUAAUGAAGCUGCUCCCGAGGAGAUCAAGGAAGGUGCUCCCGAAGAAGUCAAGGAGGAAACUAACGAGAAUAUCCAGGAAUCUUCUGCCCAAGAAACUUCUCCUGAGGAGAUGAAAGAAAGUAUUCCCGAGGAAAUCAAGGAGACCGCUCCGGAGGAAAUCAAAGAGACUGCUCCUGAGGUUAUCCAAGAAUCCGAGGCUGAGGUGGUAGCAAAUCCCGAGGAGACUCCUUCCCAGGACGAUGCUCAGGAUCAAGGAAGUCUAGUCACUGCCGCCUACAUGCCCUCGAUCAGCAUCGAUGACAUCGUGGAGCUGGUUAAAGAGCGCUUGGAUCAGACGCCCAAGAAGGAUCAGAUGGCUCCCAUGGAGCUGAUACUUACCCCAGGUGCCGCGGCGCCCAUGACCCUGGUUCAGAGCAGUCCAGAGCAGCAGGAGCCGCAGGAGGCGCAGCCAACGGAGGAGAAGGACUCGACUGUCGAGCAGGAGGAGGAGCUCAUCCUGCCCAUCUACAAGCGCAUCUCCCCCGCCGAACCUGCCAUGUCCAAGGUGCAAACACUGCCCGUAACUGUGAACAAGGUAGAAACGGAAACGGAAGCGCUUCCGGAACUUGAAGCCCAACCGGAAGUCCGGAAACUCAAGAUGGAUGCCCGCAAGCGUCGUUUCCUCUUCCGCGCCGAUGCCAGCUAGAAAGGAUUACAGAACAAGAGAGAGCAUACUGAUGGACAGA